ACAGCUGCUUUUAGAAUCAGAGAUAAAGGAAAGAAGGAAAACAAAUCCAGAAUUGCUAUGAGAAAAUCUUGCUGACAUGUAAUGCUGUCAGAGCAUUUAUAAAGAACAGAAACCCUAUUCAGUGUCAUUCAGGAUGAAUAUUUAAACAGCCCUCUUCAAUCCUGCUUCAAAAUGUCCCUGUGCACAUCUUCUCACAAGGACUUUUCUCAGUUGCUGCCACUUCAGGAUAUUGGAUGCAAUAAAACAGAAAUUAAAAAUUCACCUGCUGGUGUCAUCUCUCCAGCUCCUUACAGCUGCAAUCAGUCCACACUGACAGCAGAGCACAGUCCAGUCUACAUUCCCUCAUCUUUCAUGGAAAACAGGCACGAAUACUCCACAAUGGCAUUCUGCAGCCCUGCUAUGGUCAAUUACAACAUUGCCAGCAAUUUUGGGGACCCAGAGGGAGUGACAGCCAGGCAAACCUCGAGCCCCAGCGCUCUGUGGUCUGCUCCUGGCCACCUGUCCCCUCUGCCUCUGCACUGCCAGCCCUCCCUGCUGUACGCAGAGCAGCCCAAGAGCCUGUGGUGCGAGGCGCGCCCCAUGGAGCCCCUGCUGCCCGGGAGCAGAGAAACUUUAAAAAGAAAAACUAAUGGCAAUGACUGUACAAGCCCAAUUGCAAAUAAUCCUGGCUCGAAAAAGGAUGCCCACUUCUGUGCAGUGUGCAGUGACUAUGCUUCAGGAUACCACUAUGGGGUCUGGUCCUGUGAAGGCUGCAAAGCAUUUUUUAAAAGAAGCAUUCAAGGACACAAUGAUUACAUCUGCCCAGCCACCAACCAGUGCACGAUAGACAAAAACCGGCGCAAGAGCUGCCAGGCGUGCCGGCUGCGGAAGUGCUACGAAGUGGGGAUGAUGAAAUGUGGCUCAAGGAGAGAACGCUGCGGGUACCGGAUCCUGCGGAGCCACCGCAGCGCCGAGGAGCGCGCGCACUGCCUGGGCAGGGCCAGGAGAUACAACGAGGCAGCCACGAGGGUGAAGGAGAUCCUGCUGAGCGCCCUCAGCCCCGAGCAGUUCGUGCUGACCCUGCUGGAGGCAGAGCCACCCCACGUGCUGGUCAGCAGGCCCAGCAAACCCUUCACCGAGGCCUCCAUGAUGAUGUCCCUGACCAAGCUGGCGGACAAAGAGCUGGUGCACAUGAUCGGCUGGGCCAAGAAGAUUCCUGGCUUCAUUGAUCUCAGCCUCUAUGACCAAGUGAGGCUCUUGGAGAGCUGCUGGAUGGAAGUUCUAAUGAUUGGUUUGAUGUGGAGAUCCAUCGACCAUCCUGGGAAACUGAUUUUUGCGCCAGACCUUGUAUUAGACAGGGAUGAGGGGAAAUGUGUAGAGGGAAUUUUGGAGAUCUUUGAUAUGCUCCUGGCCAUGACCUCAAGGUUCCGAGAGCUGAAACUGCAGCACAAGGAGUAUCUGUGUGUCAAGGCAAUGAUCCUCCUCAAUUCCAGCAUGUUCCCCUUGUCAGCAGAGGAACCUGAAAGCAACAGGAAGCUGCACCACCUGCUCAACGUGGUCACAGAGGCUUUGGUGUGGGUUAUUGCCAAGAGUGGCAUCCCCUCACAGCAGCAGACCACUCGCCUGGCCAAUUUGCUGAUGCUCCUCUCCCACGUCAGGCACGCCAGUAACAAGGGGAUGGAGCAUCUCCUGAGCAUGAAGUGUAAAAACGUGGUGCCAGUGUAUGACCUGCUGCUGGAGAUGUUGAAUGCUCACACCCUCCGAGGGCAGAGGAAGUCCCUGGCCACGCACCCCGACUUUGGCCCACUGGAGCAAAUGGAGCCUGGAGACAGCCUGAGGAAUGGGGCACCCCAGUAAUUGUGCAAGACCUGGAAAUGUGAGGCUUUUUCAGAGCUAUGGGGGAAAACAGAGCUGCUGUGA